GGAGUACACGUCACGCAUGCGGAAUCCAUUGACAAUCCACCAUCCUGUCUGUUCAAUCUGAUCUCUUGCUGUGCGGCCAUGGAAGCUCCAGAAAUACCGUCACUGAGUGCAGCAGAUUCCAUUUUUGAUGCUGUGAUUAUAGCUGUGAUAGUGGUGAUAGUUGUAGUGAUAGUGAGAGCGGUGAGUUGGGUGUGGUUGAAGCCUAAACGACUUGAGAGAUGCCUCAGACGACAGAACCUCAAGGGAAACUCCUACAGACUUGGGUCCGGCGACCUGAAGGACAUGGUUCGCAUGAUUGAAGAAGCCAAAUCUAAGCCUAUCUCUUUAGAUGAUGAUAUUGUUCCUCGUAUCAUUCCUUUUCAUCACCAAAUGAUUCAAAACUAUGGUAAGAAUUCCUUUAUGUGGUUUGGUCCAUAUCCAGUGGUGACAGUUGCAAACCCAGAAGACAUAAAGGAGGUUUUUAGCAACAUUUCUGUAUUUGAAAAGCCUACUGGUAAUCCACUCACUAAAUUUCUAGUCACCGGGCUAUUAACAUACAACGGUGAAAAAUGGAUGAAACACAGAAGAAUUAUCAACCCUGCCUUUCAUUUGGAGAAGCUAAAGCUAAUGUUACCAGCAUUCUAUGAGAGUUGUAAUGAAAUGGUAAAGAGAUGGUUGAGAUUGGUGAGUGAAAACGAAAGGGGCUGUUGCGAGAUAGAUGUGUGGCCUUUCAUUCAAAGCAUGACUGGUGAUGUUAUUUCUCGAACUGCUUUUGGAAGCAGCUAUGAAGAAGGACAACGAAUAUUCCAACUCCAAUCUGAACAAGCUCUUCUUACCAUCAAGGUCGCUCGUUCUGUUUAUAUCCCAGGCUGGAGAUUUGUACCAACUAAGUUGAACAGGAGACUGAAAGAAAUUGAGAAAGAAAUAAAAGCAUUAGUGAGGGGAAUCAUUCAGAAAAGGGAGAAGGCCAGGGAAGCAGGAGAGGCCCCAAGUGAUGAUCUAUUGGAUAUACUUUUGGAAUCCAAUUGCAGAGAAAUCACAGACAAUGGCAACAACAAGAACAUGGGAAUGAGUAUUGAAGAUGUUGUGAAGGAAUGUAAAUUGUUUUACUUAGCAGGACAAGAGACAACCUCUGUUCUCCUUAACUGGACAAUUGUGUUACUCUGCAAGUAUCCCAAUUGGCAAUCUCUAGCAAGAGAAGAAGUCUUCCAAGUAUUUGGCACUCAAACACCUGAAUAUGAUGACUUUAAUCGCCUCAAACUAGUAAGUAUGAUACUGUACGAGGUUCUUAGGCUAUACCCUCCAGCUCCUAUAUUGACUAGGGCAGUAUCAAAGGAUACAAGACUUGGAAAUCUGAGUUUACCAGCCGGAACUCGAGUUGGGAUUCCGAUAAUUCUGGUACAGCAGGAUCCUCAAUUAUGGGGAGAAGAUGCAAUGGAGUUCAAUCCACACAGAUUCUCUGAAGGAAUCUCUAAAGCAACCAAGAGCCAAGCUUCGUAUGUUCCAUUUUCUUGGGGUCCAAGGAUAUGCCCUGGCCAAAACUUCUCUUUGCUUGAAGCUAAAAUGGCUCUGUCCUUAAUUCUCCAAAACUUCUCUUUUGAGCUUUCUCCUUCCUAUGCUCAUGCUCCGGUCUCGGUUUUGACCCUUCUCCCUCAAUAUGGCACCCAUAUCAUUUUACAGAAGCUCCAGAAUGAUUAGUUAAAAAUUCAUCAUACUACACUCCUUGAGGAAUUAUAUAGAUGUGUGUGUCUGUGUGUGUGUGAGUCAUGAUAAUAUUCACGUAUGUAUACGUUCUGUAGUCAUUGAAUUGUAAUCCUAAUAUUCAGAUUAUGCAAUUUAAUAUGCUUUUAUAUGCAAGUUUUAAAUCUUUUUAUCCUAGAAAA